ACUAGCAACAGUUAGGUGAACAGCCUGCAUCUAAAACAGUCAUGCGAAGAAAAAAAACUGUCCGAAACUGCUCGUAGGAUUUUUUAUUCUCAUUUAAUUUAAGAAAGUAACGCACGAGCCGCUCGAAAAUGAAUUUCUCUGAGGUUUUUAAGCAAUCCAACCAACUCUGCAAAGUUUCCCCUGAUGGGAAAUAUAUGGCUACCUGUGUGCAGUACAGGCUGGAGGUGCGAGACGUGAGCACACUGCAGAUCCUACAGCUCUACACCUGCUUGGACCAGAUAUCCCACAUGGACUGGUCUUCUGACUCUCUCUUUAUCCUCUGUGCUAUGUACAAGAGGGGUCUGGUACAGGUGUGGUCUCUUGAGCAGCCAGACUGGCACUGUAAGAUUGAUGAGGGCUCAAUAGGACUAGUCUCCUCGCGUUGGAGUCCAGACGGACGUCACAUUCUCAACACCGCUGAGUUCCAUCUGAGAGUCACCGUCUGGUCCCUCUGCAUCAAAGCUGUGUCAUACAUCAAGUAUCCCAAAGCAUGUCAGAAAGGUAUAGAUUUCAGCAGAGAUGGCUGCUACAUGGCCUUGGCUGAACGCCGUGACUGCAAGGACUAUGUCAGUGUAUUUGUGUGUGACGACUGGCAUUUACUCCGGCAUUUUGAGACUGAGACACAGGACCUGGCCGGGCUGGAGUGGUCUCCCAAUGGCUGUGUGCUGGCAGUGUGGGAUAGCUGCCUGGAGUACAAGGUGUUGCUGUAUUCUCUGGAUGGGCGCUUGCUGUCCGCCUACAGUGCCUAUGAGUGGUCGCUGGGUGUCAAGUCCGUGGCCUGGUGCCCCAACAGCCAGUUAUUGGCCAUUGGCAGCUAUGAUGAAAAAGUGCGCAUCCUCAAUCAUAUCACAUGGAAGAAAAUCACACAGUUCGAGCACCCAUCAUCCAUCAACAACACAAAAGCAGUUGUGUAUAAGGAAGUGGACAAAAGGACAGCGGUUACAAGUGAUGACCUAUCGCUACACAUCACACUUGGCACCGCCCUCUUCAACACCCGGAGCAAGUACGAGAUCUGCCCAUUGCCAGUCCAAAUUCCUGUAGUCAAACCGGACCCGGACCGAGCCAACCCCAAGAUUGGUGUCUCUUCUUUGGCAUUCAGCUCCGAUAGUCGCUAUCUCGCCACCAAAAACGACAACAUGGCCAGUGUGGUCUGGGUGUGGGACAUGAGGAAGAUGAGCCUGGUGGCUGUGCUUGAGCAGACAUCAGCUGUGCGCUGCUUUCAGUGGGACCCCCGCCGCCCCCGGCUGGCACUGUGUACAGGCAACACCACACUCUACCUCUGGUCCCCGGCGGGCUGCGUGUCGGUCCAAGUCCCCACUGAAGGUGGUUUACAGGUGCAGUCACUAAACUGGCACCGCAGUGGAGACUGUCUGAUUCUGCUCGGGAAGGAGCAGCUGUGCUUGUGCUACAUGGACACCGACCAGGAGGACAAGUAAAUAAUACAAAAGCACAGGACUCAAGAAUCACUUGACUACAGGUCGAGCUUCUUUAGCGACACGCACUGGUUUAGGUGAAAUGACUGGCGAAGACACUCAAUCGCCAUUAGCACAAUCCUGAGUUGUCGCUUCUCGUUGUGUUUUGAAGGCCCUCUGCAGGUUACUGGGAUGUUCCUUUGGUCUUCCAAGUUGAAAACAUGGGAAACCUGCCAUGACAUUCUUCCCGAGCUUAAGGCAGAUUGAUAAAUCACUUCUUUUUUUAAAAUAACCAAAUGGGAAUUGUAACACUAGUUUUGAUCACUGUGAGAAGAUUUCGGUUUAUAAAGUUUUAUAGAUUUGACUGUACGUAAGUAUUUUGUAUGUUUUACCUUGAAAUUGUGUAAUUAUUUUUGAAUAAAUUUUGUCAUAAAUAACA